AGGUUUUACUGUGAGCAGAGAGUGCUGCGGAAUAUCUUUAAAGAAUGGAAAGAAGUGUGGUGGGUUUCCCAUCGAGAAUGGAAACUCUGUAUUAGAGCUGACUGUCACUACAGAUAUUACUUAUGCAACCUGAUGUUCCAGACGUGGAGGUCUUAUGUGCAUCAUCAGCAGGAGAUGAGGAACAAAUACAGGAGAGCUGAGGACCAUGAUGUGAAACAGAAGAUGAGACGAGCCUGGAAGUCCUGGUUAAUCUACGUUGUUUUUCGUCGAACGAAACAUGAGAUGCAGACCACUGCCCUGGAGUUUAGGCAGCAGAGUAUUUUGUGGGUCUGUUGGAAGGAGUGGAGACAGCAACUGGGACAAGUUCGUAUGGACCAAGCUCUCCAGGCUUCAGCUGUGAAGCACAGAACCCUGCACCUCCAGCUGCAGGUUUGGUCACAGUGGCAGGAACAGCUGUGUCUUGUCCAGAAGGAGCGGCGGAAGAUGAUCUCUGCAGUAAAACACCAUCAGCAGUGGCAAAAGUGGAAAUCCAUGAAGGCUUGGCUAAAAUAUCUGCAGAUUCGCAGAGUGAAGAGACAGUGGAAGGAGAUGGCUGAGCGAUUCCACCAUGUCACGGUGCUCCAGAAACAAUUCUGUGAUUGGCAGUGGGCCUGGGAGCGGAAGAAGAGCUUAUAUGCCCACCGUACUCUGGUAGAGGAACUGGCCAGGAAGAUGAAGCUUCGAAGGGCUUUUUCUCACUGGAAACACUAUGGGCUGCUGUAUACAGAAGAAGCCACUCAGAUCCAGGUGGCAGAAGAGCACCAUAGGCGAAGCUUGCUGCGCUUUUGCUUUCGAGCCAUAAAAGACAAUGUGGCUCAUGCUCAUCGCCAGCGUGUAAGAAGGAAUCUUGCUCGCCGGCAGCAGGACAUCUCGUUGCUGCGUAGUUUCUGGAACCUGUGGCAGUCUCGAAUGGAACAGAAGGAGGAAAGAGAGCAGCUUUCCUUACUGACUGCUGCUUGGGACCACUACAGAAUAACAUUGCUGCGUAAGUGUAUGGAAUCAUGGCUGCAAUAUGCUCAGAAGAAGAGAUACAAACAGCUUCUGCAGAGCCAAGCAGACAAUUAUUUUCAGCAGCGAGCCCUGCCUGCAGCCUUUCAAACAUGGAGGACAAUGUGGCAGUGGCACCAGCAGGAGAGUCUCCUCAGCGAGAGAGCAGCGACUUUUCACAGGAAGAUGGUAAAGAAACAAAUGUUCACCAGUUGGUAUCAGAAGAUGUUUCAGCAUCAAGAAUACCGUUUGGCAGAGAGAAUGGCGAUCCUUCAUGCAGAGCGGCAGCUUCUCCAAAGAUCCUGGUCUGUGUGGCACCAGAAGACAGCAGCACAGCAAUGGCAAGCUGUGGCCUGUGCCCACCACCGUCAUGUGCAGCUCAGCAAGGCUUUCUGCAUCUGGUCAGAGCAUGCUCAUGGGCACAGCACAGAGAAGAUGGGCCAGGUGCUAGCUGUGGAAUUCCACUCAGCACGACUCCUGUGUUCGGCCUGGAACAGAUGGAGAGAGUGCCUGGCUCUUCGGGGUGCAGAGUGGGAGAAGCAGCUUCAGGCUGAGCUGCAUCACCAGCGCAUCCUGCUGCACCGGACAUUCCAUGCCUGGAGGAUCUACCAGCAAGGGGUGCAGCACAUCCUCCAGGAGGUGGCAGCCAGGGAGCACCAGCACAAGAGGCAGCUACUGCGGGCUGUGUUACAUCGCUGGAGAGACAAUACCCUGGCCCGUAUUGGAGCAGUAAGGAGGACCUUUGUGGCCACAGAUCACUACGAACGAACCUUGUGUGCCAAGGUCCUGCUCCGUUGGCGGGAGGUGGCAUCCAUGCAGAUAUACAACCGACAACAGGAGGACUGUGCUGUCAGGAAGGCCCAGAAGGUUCUGGAGAAGCGCUGCCUCCAGAGCUGGCUGAGGUGCUGGCGGGCCCGGGCCCAGGUGGCAGCACAGCAGCGACUGCAGUUGGAGCGCGCAGAGCUGCAUCACCGGUGGCGGGCACUGUGGCGGGCCCUGGCCGCGUGGAAAAUCCACCACCGUGGCUGUGCCAGGAAGAAGCACCUACAGCGCCUGGGAGCCCAGUUGCUGGCCCAGAGUCUCAGCCGCUCCUGUUUCCACCAGUGGAGACAACAGUUGGCAACCAGGAGGCGGGAGCAGCAGGGCACAACACGGGCACUGUGGUUUUGGGCCUUCUCGCUGCAGGCGAAGGUGUGGGCCGCAUGGCUGGACUUCGUGGUGGAGAGGAGGAGAAAGAAGGCAAGGCUGGAGCAGGCGGUACAGGCCUACCACCAGCAGCUGCUCCAGGAGGGCGUUCCACGCCUCCUGCACUUCACUGCUGAGAUGAAGGCCCUUCGGCAGCAGCUGCAUGCCCAGCAGCAGGCCCAAGCUGCACACAGCCUGCACCAGGCAGUCCAGCGCUGUGCAAGGCUCUGGAAACAGAAGGUGCUGGGUCAGCGCUUGAAGCCUCAGGCUCCCACAUCCACCCUGCCCCGGAGAGUGACUUUUGAAGCACCCCCUCUCCACCUGCUGUCUGCUGGGGAUUCAGCUGCCAGGGAGUCUAAGACAGAGCCCAAGAAGCCACAAGCUUCCCCAGUGCCUUGGGGGGCACUGUGCAGUCUAAGCCUACCUGUCAGGGACUCUCCACAUCUGGAUCUUGUUGCACGGUCUUCCAGGAAGCAGCCGCGACGCCCUCACUUCCUGCUGGAGCCCAGCCAGAGCCAGAAGCGUCUGGGAAGCAGCAUCCUCAGGGAACAGAGGCCUGAGGAGCUGCAGGAGUAUGUCCUUGGUCUGGUCAGGCCCUUCCCGGAAAAGGCUCUGAAGGCUCAGAUAGCAUCGGUCCCAAGCGCUCCACAGUCUGAGGCCCAACCAAAUCUCCCUGAACCAAAGCACUUUCCCCUGGCUGGUGGCAGCCUGGAGCUGUCACCCCGUACCUCGGUCAGGCCAUGUGUGGAAGAAGCACCUACCAGGGAUCCAGCAUGGUCCAUCACCCCAGGGCUUACACUCCAGCCCUCCCAAUCUUUGGUGAAUGUACCUGAGCCCCCCCUACUCCUCCCUGGCAACUCUACAAGCACAAGGUCUGGGCCUGGCUCAGAAACUGUGGGUACAUGUCUGAGAGCCGUGAGCACCAGGGAUGGGGCUGUUCCCCCAGAGCUCAACUGGGAAGGUCAAGAUCAAACUCACUGUGUUGCCCUCAGCCACCCUGCCCUGGAAGCUGAGCUGGAGGGGAUCCAGCAGCAGCUGCGGCACUGCCAGAUCAUGAAGCAGAACCUCUGGUCUUACCAGCGCCAAGCUCAGAGCCUGCGCAAGUGGCUGGAGCUGAGCCAGGAGGAGCCAAGAUCUGAGGACCAGGAAGCAGAGCAGCUGGUACAGAAAGAGCUACAGGAGGUGGAGCUGCAGAUCAAGCAACUAGUUGAUGAGCUGCGAGCCCAUCACCAGCCCAUCCGUGCCUGCAUCGCUCGGGUGCAGGCCCUGUGGCAGGAGCUGUGCUAGUCUUCACCCCCAGGGAGACCCCACCACCUCCAAGAACAGAACACACAUCGGCUGUAAUGAGUUUUUUUUUUUUUAUUUCAAAAUGUUGCAAUUAAAGGAAUCACUGUUCAGAA